AACACACAGAAAGCCGUGUAAGCCGAUUUUUUUUUGUACUUCCUGCAAAUUCCGCGACUUUCAUAAUCCAACGAACAAGCAGCAGAAUAAACAGAGGAAAUUAUGGAAGAGAAACUCAGUUGAGAAAAUUUGCAGGUCGUGCACGAAGAAGAGGAUAACGGAAUGGGAGUACAAGGGCUCUGGGAGCUACUUGCCCCCGUCGGGCGUCGCGUUUCUGUGGAAACCCUAUCCGGCAAAAAGCUCGCAAUCGACGCCAGCAUAUGGAUGAUUCAGUUCAUGAAGGCAAUGCGGGACGAGCGAGGUGAGAUGGUCCGCAAUGCGCAUACCCUCGGGUUCUUUCGCCGCAUAUGCAAGCUCCUCUUCCUCCGCACGAAACCAGUCUUCGUCUUCGACGGAGGUACUCCCGCCCUCAAGCGACGCACCGUCGCCGCACGACGCCGACACCGCGAGAACGCCCGCGCCAAGAUUCGUAAGACUGCCGAGAAACUGCUACUCAAUCAUCUGAAAUCCAAAAGGCUUGAAGAGUUGGCUGAGGAGAUUAAGAGAGGCAAGUGUGAGAUUAAUGGCGAUUUGAAGGGUAAGCAAGUUGCUUUCAUGGAUGAUGGUAGUCUAGGCUCCGGAAAAGCUAGCAGUUUUGGGCGAAGUAGUCAGGAGUUUGAUAAAACCAUCAACCAAGAAAAGCUGGAUGAGCUGCUGGCUGCAUCUAUUUCUGCCGAGAAUGAAGCAAAGCUGGCGGUUAAUGAACCAAUGCCUACUGAGGAUUUCAAGUAUGAAGAAGAAGGUGAAGAGGAUGAUUUAGAAGGGAUUAUUUUUCCUGUAAAUAGUGGGAACAUCGAUCCUGCAGUGUUGGCUUCUCUACCUCCUUCCAUGCAGUUGGACCUUCUUGAUCAGAUGCGGGAGAGGCUGAUGGCUGACAAUAGACAAAAGUAUCAAAAAAUUAAGAAAGUUCCUGCAAAGUUUUCUGAACUACAAAUACAGUCAUAUCUUAAAACUGUUGCUUUUCGCCGAGAGAUAGAUGAAGUGCAGAAAUGUUCUUCUGGACGGGGCUUUGGAGAUUUGCAAACAUCUAGGAUAGCUUCUGAACCAAACCGGGAAUACAUAUUUUCCUCAUGUUUUACUGGUGACAAAGAGAUGCUGGCUACCACUGGUGCUGCGAAAAAUGGUGAUAUUGUUAAUCAAGAAAUGAGGACUACUGCUUCAGAUACAUCUAAGAGAAAAUUUUUUAUGAGCCCAUCAAAAUUCAGUGGAGACAUUACUUCAAAUGCGGUUGCUGGGGAAUUGUCUCAGGAUGUUGAAACGUACUUGGAUGACAGGGGGCGUGUCCGAGUUAGCAGAGUUAGGGGACUUGGUAUUCGUAUGACCCGAGAUUUACAACGGAACUUAGAUAUGAUGAAAGAGCAUGAGAAAGUGUUUCCUAAUAAGGAUUUUAAUAAAAUCACUGAGCCGAUUUCUUAUAAUGAUGCUUCUGAUUUUUCAGAAGGUCACCCCCAAACUGAUGGCAUUCCAAUUCACUCUUUAGUCAAUGAGAAAAAUAGCCACCGCAUUAGUAGAUCAAUACCUGGUGAGGGAAUAUGUGAGGAAACUAAGAGAAAUACUGUGAAAUCAACCACAGUUGCUGGAAAGAAAACUGCAAUCGAGAUAUCCUUUUCAGAAGAUGAGAUUGGAACUAAAACAAUAGAUGACAAUUUUUUCAUGAAUCUAGUUUCUGAAAAUCGAGCAACAGAAUUAUCUUAUGAAAGCUUGUCCUUGGAGAAAAACAUGGAUGAUUUCGAGCCAGAAGGCAUUUGGGAGUAUGGAACUGUUGAUGAACAAGGUGUAAGCUUUAAAGGAGAUGAUAAUCAAUCAUCAUUUGUUGAAAGUAAAGGUUGUGAAGAAGAUGAAGUUAUGUGGGAGGAAGGUGCUUCUCUUGUCUCUCAUUCAGAAGAAAGUGAGCAGGCAGUUUCUCUAGGGUUCCUGGAAGAAGAAGCUGAUCUGAAGGAAGCAAUAAGAAGAAGUCUUGAGGAUAUUAAAUCAAAGCAGUCUUUAUCCGUGGUUCCUAUCGUGGAAAAUAUGAGGAGAACUGGUGAUGAUAAAAAAUCAUUAAUAUCAGUGAAGAAUGAUCUAAAUAUUGAAUUUCCAAUAGAGAGGAAUCAGUUGCAAAGUGUUUUGAUGGAUCUUGAAGAAAAGGAAUGCUUUCAUGGAAGUAAUGCCCAUCAGAUCAUUGUUUCUUCCGAUGAGAUACUUUCUACAUCUGUUCCUGUAGGCCGGUUUGAUGGAGAAUCAACUCUGAAAGUUGAUAAAAACAAUUUAGCUGUUUGUAGCAAUGAUGUAGGGUCAUCACAUGAUAUUCAGGAUAGAGAGCAAAGCAUAAAUCUGUCAUCACAGGAAAAUCUAUGCAUGAUUGAUUCUAAGCUCGUGGCUGAUGAACCUAAUUUGGGCAAAAAUGAUGACCGUCAUACCCCUGAAAUUUAUCCUAACAUUAAUUUUGAAAAUCCAUAUAGCAGAUUUGAUACUGGUCUUGUUGAUGCUCCGAGUAAUUCUGCGGCUUUCCUCUCGACUGAUAGUUCAGGAAUAAGGUCUAGCAUAACCUCUGAUUCUAGUGCAAUGCAUGUCAUUGACUUUUCUAAAAUAAAUUCAACAGAAAAAGGGGCUGUUGAUGAACUACAAAAAAUGGCAGACAAUGAAGUUUACAAGCAUUCUGCUGAAGGGUUGAGUUUUAGUGAAGAAGCUUCAAUGCAAGAGGGUGAUAAGAUUGCUGCAUCAAAAUCUAAUUUGCAUGACGAGAUCUUUCUUCUUGAACAGGAGCGUGCAUUUCUUGGAGAUGAACAGAGAAAACUAGAACGCAAUGCGGAAUCUGUGAGCAGUGAGAUGUUUGCUGAAUGUCAGGAACUCCUUCAAAUGUUUGGUUUGCCAUAUAUAAUUGCACCUAUGGAAGCAGAAGCACAAUGUGCUUAUAUGGAAAUGAAUAACCUUGUUGAUGGCAUCGUAACAGAUGACUCUGACGUGUUUUUGUUUGGAGGUCGGAAUGUAUACAAAAACAUUUUUGAUCAUCGCAAGUAUGUGGAAACAUAUUUUAUGAAGGAUAUCGAGAAGGAGCUUGGCCUUAGCAGGGAUAAAUUGAUUCGCAUAGCAUUGCUCCUAGGUAGUGACUAUACUGAGGGUGUCAGCGGUAUUGGAAUUGUAAAUGCCAUUGAAGUUAUCAAUGGGUUUCCCGAACCAGAUGGGCUUCUAAAAUUUAAGGAGUGGGUUGAAUCUCCAGAUUUGAGUAUUUUAUGUGGUUCUCAGUACAGUGGUAAUUUAAAUAAAAAAUCUUCAAAUACAAAUGGCAACACUACAGAUGGAAUGGGCACGAAUAUUCUUUGUUCUGAAUCCAAAGAAAGUAUUCUAGGGGCUGAUCAAUCAUCUGACAGUACUAUUCCUGAUACUAAAAAUAAAGUGACCUUCAUGGAUAAACAUAGAAAUGUGAGCAAGAACUGGCAUUUUCCUCCAUCAUUUCCUAGUGAAUCAGUAAUUACGGCUUAUACUUCUCCUCAAAUAGAUGAUUCAACUGAACCUUUUGCAUGGGGAAAACCAGAUUUGCCUUUACUUCGCAAGAUAUGCUGGGAAAAGUUUGGUUGGCCUAAUCAGAAGGCAGAUGAUCUGCUUGUACCUGUUUUGAAGGAGUACAACAAGCAUGAGACUCAGCUCAGGAUGGAAGCAUUCUACUCAUUUAAUGAAAGGUUUGCAAAAAUACGUAGUCAACGUAUUAAGAAGGCUUUGAAAGGUAUUACUGGGACUAGUUUGUCAGGGUUAACUGAUAUUGCUGAUGGCGGAUCCAGCUCCCAAAAAAAAAGUGGGAUCACCCUUCGCAAUAAUGAACAAUCUGAGCUUGAGAAUGAUAAUGAUAGGCCUACCACGAGUGAAAGAAAACCUGCUAACAAAUCUGGAAUUAAAGCUAGGAGUCAAACUUCCUCACUUGUGUCCGAAGAAUCCUUCAAGCGAGGUGGAGUAAAUGUUGAAAGGGCACAGAUCGUUAAUGCAACAGUAAGAGGAAGAGGAAAAGUAUUAGGAAUAGCAAGAGGAAGUCGGCGUGGUAAAUGCAAAGGAGGUGCUCAUUUGAAUGAGAAGUUGACAGAAUCUUCUGAUGAUGAAAUGUACAGGUCCGGCAUGAAUGUAGUGUCUAUGCCAGAAAUGCGUAUGUCAACCCGUCACCGGAAGCAAGUUAACUAUGCUGAAGACACUGCCGAAAUUAAUGAGCUUCAUGCUCCAGAUAAAGCUUCCAAUGAAGCCGCAUUAGAGCAUGAUGAAGUGGUACUGAAAACCAAUACAUUUGGCAUUAAUGCUGACAGUUUCAAAGAGAAGAUAUCGCAAGAUCACCUACAUAAUGCGGGUGGUUUCUGUCUGGAAGAGAAUGAGAUACAGGAGGAACAGCCAUUGCCUUCUCCUAUUGGAUGGAAGCAUUCAUUUGAGCAAAAUGAUGGUGACAGUCAAGGGCCCAUUGAGGAUGGAAAUAGUUGCAACUUUCUUGUUACUGGAGGAUUCUGCAUGGAUGAAGGCGAUCCUGAUGUGCCAGCUGCAGCUGAAAGCUUUCAAGGUGAGCUUAAUGACCAUAGCAUUGCUCUGAAGUCCAAUCUAGGAAAUAGUGGCCAACGUGAUUCUUGGAAAGAACAUCAGGAAGUUGCUUAUGAAAAUCUGUUACUGUUUGAAAAUUUGGGUCGGGAGCAGACUAGCGGGGAUGGUUCAGCCGAAAAUUUCUUGAGCGCCAUGCCUUCUCUUAAACGUAAGCGAAAAAAAUAAUAUACAUUGAUUUCAUAGGUUUUUUGCUGAAUGUUUCCUCAGAGGUUGCAGUGUUUGAGAGUUUUGCAGAAUGAUUAGAUUUUCUUAACUUCUUGUUGUAGUAUGGACUUGUUUAUAAAAUAAUUUUAUUUGUAAACUGUUUUUGAAGCGGCAUCCUUUUUGACUAA